CCUUAUUCACAUCUCAUAAGUGUUUCAUCAAUCAAUAGCCUCUCUCUACAUAUAUCAAACUUGUUACUUCCUAUUAGACUUUCUAUUUUUCAAAUGGCCACGUCAGCAAUGCAGUCCAUCCUAGCAAGACCAGUGUCAGGUGUCACGGCGAGAGCAAGGUUCAGUCAGUUCACUCCUUGCAACUACGUGCCACGUCUUCAGAGGAAUGCUGGCAUGCAAGUGCGGUGCAUGGCAGAGGAUGAUCAAAAUAAGGAUGUGACACCCAUUACAACUCCUCCGCCGGCAUCACAGCCAACCCCUUUUCCUCCACCGAAGCCAAAGGUAAGUACCAAAUUUUCUGACGUGUUAGCAUUCAGUGGACCCGCACCGGAGAGAAUCAACGGCAGGCUGGCGAUGAUCGGGUUCGUGGCCGCGAUGGCGGUGGAACUAUCGAAGGGUGAGGAUGUGUUGGCCCAGAUAUCCAAUGGUGGAGUUUCAUGGUUUGUGGGGACAAGCAUUGUGCUAACCCUAGCAUCUUUGAUACCUCUAUUCAAAGGGGUGAGUGUGGAGUCUCGUUCAGAGGGGAUUAUGAGCUCUGAUGCUGAGCUCUGGAAUGGGAGGUUUGCUAUGUUGGGUUUGGUUGCAUUGGCUUUCACUGAGUUUGUCAAAGGUGGAGCCCUUGUGUAGGUCCCACUUUUUUUUUUUAUGUAAUUUUGAUGACGUGUAAUUUUGAUUAUUUAUGAAGAAAAAAAAAAUCAAUUUCAUACAAGAUAGACUUCGUAAAGUUGUAGCAAUAUUAAUAUCGAAAUAAUGUACUAUCUUUCUAGAAA